AACAAGAAAUUAUAUCCCACAAACACAACAUUCUCAAAAAAGAAAUAUUUAAAAUCUUCACAAAGAAAUGCAUACAAACACUUUGCUUCUCUCUAUUUUCCUACUUUUCAGUGUGAUUGUGGCCGGAAAGAGAGAAAACUCCGGCGACUCUGUAAACCCUUUUACACCAAAAGCUUAUUCAAUUCGUUACUGGAACAAACGAAUUUCAAAUAAAUUACCAAAACCUUGGUUUCUUCUAAACAAAGCUUCACCAUUAAAUGCUGCACAAUUUGCAAAAUACUCAAAGCUAGCAACAGGGGAUCAAAAAUCUCUGUCAAAUGAAAUUCAAUCAUUUUGCUCCUCUGCAAAUCUGCUCUGUUUUCCUGAUAUUUCAACAAGUUUAGACAAACAUGGCCAAGAUACGCAAUUUUCUUCAUAUAUGAGCAAGAAUUUCACCAAUUAUGGCAACAAAUUGCCUGGUGGUUUUGAUAGUUUCAAAAUAUAUGCUGAAAAUGAUAACCUUCCUGUGAAUUCUUUCCGGCAAUAUAGCCGCGGUGGCGCUGGCCAUGAUGAUAGAUUUUCUACUUACGCACCGAACGGGAAUGUGAUUGAUCAAAGCUUCAACACUUAUGGCACAGGCCUAGCUGCUUUUGGCGUUGGCCAGUUCAAGAUCUAUGGGCCCAACGUCAACGUACCUAAUCUACGAUUCACAACUUACUCAACCGAGGGAGUUGGUAGAAAGCAAUCUUUUAUGAGCUACUCGAAAGAUACAAAUUCAGGGAGCCAAUCUUUCACAAGCUACGCAAGAAAUGCUAAUGGAGCAGCCAACGACUUCACCAGUUACGCUAAUAACUCCAACGUAAUAGGCUCAACAUUUACCAACUAUGGUGAAUCAGAAAAUGGUGGAGGCAACAUGUUCAAUUCGUAUGGAUCUAAUGCAAAUGUCCCAAAAAAUACCUUCAAGAGUUAUGGUUUAUCAGGUAAUGCUCCUUUCGAAACGUUUAUAAAUUAUCGAGAUAAAUCUAACGUUGGAGAAGAUAAUUUUGUAUCGUACGUGGAUGAUCCGAAUAGUGGUAGAGCACAUUUUCAGAAUUAUGGUCAGUCAUUUGGUGAAGGAUCCGAUGGAUUUAGUAAAUAUGGUUCUAAAAUUACUGAUGCACAAACUAUUGGAUUUGAGACUUAUGGUGUCAACUCAACUUUUAAUGAGUAUGGAAAAUCAAUUCCAACAUUUACUGAUUACAAAAAUAAAACAAUUAAUCAGAUUUCAUCUUUUUUGAUGGGUAAAAAUAACAAAUGGAUGGUUGAGCCAGGCAAAUUUUUUAGAGAAAAAAUGUUGAAAAUUGGAACUAUAAUGCCAAUGCCUGAUAUUCAAGACAAAAUGCCAAAAAGAUCUUUUUUGCCUAGAGUGAUCGCAUCGAAAUUACCAUUUUCUACUUCGAAAAUCGGUAAUUUAAAGAAAAUUUUCCACGCGGGAAAUGAUUCUCAGAUGGGGAAGAUGAUCGACGAUGCAUUGAUCGAGUGUGAAAGAUCCCCGAGUGCUGGUGAAACAAAGAGGUGUGUCAGCUCAAUUGAGGACAUGAUUGACUUUUCUACCUCGGUGUUAGGUCAAAAUAUCAUCGUUCGGACAACUGAGAAUAUAAAAGGGUCAAAGGGAGAUAUUUUGAUUGGAUCAGUCAAAGGAAUCAACGGUGGGAAAGUAACGAAAUCGGUAUCUUGUCAUCAAAGUUUGUUUCCGUAUUUAGUUUAUUAUUGUCAUUCGGUUCCAAAGGUUCGGGUUUAUGAAGCGGAUAUAUUGGAUCCGAAUUCCAAGGCUAAGAUUAAUCAUGGUGUUGCCAUUUGUCAUGUGGAUACGUCGACAUGGGGAGAGAAUCAUGGAGCUUUUAUGGCACUCGGGUCGGGACCCGGAAAGAUUGAGGUUUGUCAUUGGAUCUUUGAAAAUGAUAUGACUUGGACAAUUGCUGAUUGAAA